CUGCCCACGACGAAGACGACAACGAUGAGUGUUGCUGCUGCUGUUGUCGUCGACCGACCACAACGAAAGUGGAGAACGGAACAGUACAAUUGGGCAGGACGGCAGCGCAGGGUACGGCAAAACAGAAUAAGACAGGGCAAACCAGACAAGUCCGUCGAGCGACAACCGAAACCGACUAGCUCCUUUGCUUAGGUUUGCUUUACUUCGCCUAGCUUUUAGCUAGCUGGCUGGCUAGGCGAGAACUCUUCCCGUGUUGUGCUUUGGAAGCUUGCUAGCCGCUGGUGGCUCGCCGCCGCCAGACGGCGCUGCCGGUAUCUGCCUGAGCCCAGAUUUCCCGGGAGUCAGUUGCAAAAAGUGGAAGGAAUUGCAUGCCGGAACUAUUUGCGAUCGGUUGGCCGGGCUCGAUUUCGGACCUCGAUUGGGUUCGCACAGAUUAGUUGUCUAAAGAAAUGAAUCGCACGGCGAGAAAUAACCGAGCUGGUUGAAUCAAACCGCCGACAGGGCCAAGAUCGCGCGGAUGAACGCGUUCGGCGAGCGCGCCAAAAUUUCAAUUAAUACUGACGGAGCAGUUAGAUUCGCAAGCGCGGCCGAAAACAAGUGCCAAAGAAAGGACUAAGGAGUCAACAGAAAACCGAGUGACCGCUUGGUGAAGAAAGAUGCGCCGCCGAAAUAUCUCAUGAUGCCGGCCAUGUUGCGAGAUUAUGCCAAGCACACCAGCUUCAUUUAAGCUGGAUCAACUACAGACCAAUAUAUAUAGGUAUCUUGUCCGUGCGCGCACCAGCUUAACCAAUAAAACACAUCUCCAGAAAGGGCAACCUAACAAGAAAACAAGUUGAAAAAAUUCCUCGUUAGGAAUAAACAAACUGAGCUGGUCUGUGCUAUUUUUCGAAGCGCCUCAAUAUAGGUGUCUCUCUGUCGGAUAUUAGUGCUGCAGUAGCUAGAAAAAGAAAUAGGGGAAGAGCAAACGUUUUCGCUUGGUGCAAUGCUACGCUAGUUAGCACUAGCGAAAGUCGACGCCGGAACGACUUCGGAGUUAAAGUUCUGUAUGAGAAGGAGGAAAUUUUUGCCCGACAGAAAUCCGACCGAAAAAGGGGGCGGGGGAAGAAGAAGAAGGCGAACCAGAACUGAGAAUAUAGUGACAAGUCGCACGACUGUGGACGACUGAAGACCCGCCGACGCCCGCUGUGAUCAGAAGGGAGCUACUGGCUUCCGAACAAUUGCAAACUACUCGAAGUUCCUACAAAUUACACAUGUCAUCGAUAACUAAUCCUGAGUGUAUGUGUGUGUAUGGAGCAGCUUGACGUGAACGCCGCGCCUGAUUGUGCAAGAGACAGCGUUUGUCAUAAUGGUAUAGAGAAACCGUUAGCGCUAAAUGCGAUGCUUGUUAGUUAACUGUUACAGAGCGUUGUUCUAAGCUAAACUAAAAAGCAUAUAGCACUAUAUAAGAAAGUUGAGACCGCGUUGUUUGUGCCAACUUUUUUGUGAUACCUUGGACCGGAUAGUGUCUCUGCAGAAGUUUGCGCUUCUUGCUGGUUUGUCUUCGACUAUUACUAAUGAUCGGUAAAAAAUGCGAACUGUUGGGUUAUUUGCUUAUACUGGAUCUAUUUAUGGGAACCGCUGCGUGGAACCACCAAAACGACAAGUACUGGCAUGUGUUUAAGCAGAUCAACGCAUCCUUGGCUACCUACGAACAUUGCAAAAUCUCGAACACUUCAGGCUGUUCUCUUUGUCACUACCAAGUGAUUGCCAGGGAUUUAGCGCCAUGGGCUAGCGGCAUAGAGAAAAAGGACGUAGAUCGGGCAAAACAAUCCGGAGUUCAUUACCAGAUCGUUGGAGGUCGGCUGUACCGUCAGGAGGAAUGUAUGUUCCCAUUCAGGUGUUCAGGAGUUGAGCAUUUCCUCCUUGGUCUAGCCUCUAAAAUGCCGGACAUGGAUUUAGUGAUCAAUGUGAAAGACUACCCGCAAAGCCUACGGCGACACAGCAAAUUACCGGUAUUCUCAUUCAGCAAAAUAUCAAAGGAUUACAACGAUAUAAUGUAUCCUGCCUGGUCGUUCUGGGAGGGUGGGCCGGCAAUAAGCAUUUACCCUACAGGUAUCGGUCGCUGGGAUCUGCAGAGCGCUAAUUUACUAACUGAAGCGGAACGAUUUCCGUGGUCGGAGAAAGAAGACAAGGCUUUCUUUCGGGGUUCGCGAACAUUUCCUGAUCGAGAUCCCCUUGUGAAGUUAUCGCGGCGCAAUCCUGAUCUGGUGGAUGCUCAGUAUACGAAAAACCAAGCGUGGAGGUCGGAACAAGACACACUCGGAGCGCCGCCUGCGACAGAAGUUACAUUUGAACAUCACUGCCGUUAUAGGUACCUUUUCAACUUCCGUGGAGUAGCUGCUAGCUUUCGACUGAAGCAUCUGUUCCCCUGCAAAAGCCUCGUUUUUCACGUUGGCCCCACCGAAUCAAAUGAGGAUUGGAUCGAAUUUUUUUACCCCAUGCUCAAGCCUUGGAUACACUACAUUCCCGUGACGCAAAAGCAAUUGACAAAUGUUGAAUUUCUCCUAAGUUUCGCCCGAGAUAAUCAGGAUGUAGCACAAAAGAUAGCCCAACGUGGCUAUGAAGCCAUUCGUAACCACCUCCGAAUGAAGGACAUUCGCUGUUAUUGGCAAAAAUUGCUUACAACUUAUGCCAAUCUUAUAAAGUACCAUGUUGUUAAAGAUCCCUCUCUUAAAGAAGUUAUACUGAAAGUAACGCGAAAGUCCAUUCCCGCUUCUCAAAAAACCGAGCUUUAACAUGUUAACACCAUGUUCGUUAAAU